GCUCAUUCUCUACUCAUUCUCUACUCGCUCUCAUCCACCGCAUCCUUUCAUACUCGUCGACAAACACUACGUUCUCGUCGUCUUUGUUAUAUCUAUCCACUUCCACAUCUUCUUGCCACUCGUCAAACCCGCUCUCUCCCUCUUGUGAACAUCAAAUUUCGUCCCCUUCCCCUCUACACCUCCACCUCCACCCACCCACUUCCCACAAUGUCCGCCGAGGCCGUUGUCAAGCCCGAGGCCGACGUCAAGGCCACCGUCGAGGUUGGCGCCGAUAUCCCCGCCGUUGAGGGCAAGACCCCUGAAGAGGUUCAGUCCGCCAUGGAGAAGGCCGCUAAGCAGAUCUACUUCUACUUCUCGGACUCGAACCUCCCCGUGGACAAGUUCUUCUUCUCCCUUACCGCUUGCAACGAGCAGGGAUGGGUCCCCAUCAAGACCAUCCUCACUUUCAAGCGUAUGCGCGAGUUCCAGCCGUUUGGUGUUCCCGUUGUCGCCAAGGCCCUUCGCCAGGCCGCGGCCGCUGAGGGCAGCGACCCCCUUGUCGCUGUUUCCGAGGAUGACGAGAACGUCCGCCGCGCCCGCCCCCUUGAGCCCGUCACCGACGCGUGGGAGCGCUCCGUCUACGUGAAGGGCUUCGGUGAGGGUGACAACGAGAACAACACACAGGAGAAGAUUGAGCAGUGGUUCGAGCAGUUCGGAAAGAUCAACGCCGUUCGUCGCCGCCGUGAGGACCUCGAGGGCAAGGGCCCGGCUGGCAAGGGCAAGGGUGCUUUCAAGGGCUCCGUCUUCGCUGAGUUUGCGUACGCGUCCGACAUGGCAAAGUUCCUUGCGAACAAGGACAGCCACCCCAAGUUUAUUGAAGGCGAGGAGUUGGUGAUUGAGGCCAAGGACGACUACGUCAAGCGCAAGUGCAAGGAGAAGGGCAUCCCCGAGAGCGAGGUCCACCGCAGCCGCCCGGACCGCAACGCGCCCCGCAAGUUUAACGCCUUCCGCGAGAUGAAGUCGCUUCAGGAGGGCAGGGCCGGCAACCUCGCCAGCAUUCCCAAGGACGUCGCCAUUGUUGGCCAGGCCCCCAAGGUCCACCACGACGGUGGCAAGCGCAAGCGUGAGGACGGCGACAACGCGGGCCCUCGCGAGAAGAAGGAGCGCUCUCCUCUUUUCUUUGAGUACAAGGGUGUGCGCCUGGAGAUCAACGAGGCUGGACAGAUCAAGGAGCCUUCCGAGGUGCCCUUUGAGGAGGGUUGCGCUGUCAAGUUCACUGUCCAGGGCGAGGGUGACUGGAAGGACCUCAAGGCCAAGAUCGUCGAGGUUAUCCCCGACGUCUUCAUGGCCCUUCCCGGUGGCUCGACUGUGGGCACGAUUGCGCACCAGUCGUCUGCCAAGAUCACCGACGAGGAGUUUGAGAAGCUUGCCAACGCCGGCUUCGAGUACGGCGGCAACCCAGUUAACUGGGAGCGCAUGAGCGAGGAGGAGCAGCGCGCGUUCUGGCUCAAGCGCGCCAACUACCAGGCGGGUGUCAAGCAUCGUGAGGCGCGGGACUCGCGCCGCGACGAGUUCAAGGGCGGCCGUGGUCGUGGAGGUCGUGGUGGACGCGGUGGUCGUGGCCGUGGUGGCCACCGCGGCCGUGGGGGUCACCGUGGCGGCGAUCGCAACCGCGAGCGGGCGGCUGCGGCGGCCGAGGGCCUCCCGCCAACUGUUGGUGCAGUCAAGUCCGAGUAACGUAGUUCUGGUCAUGUCUGGGCGAUAGGGCGAGGGAUCGUCAUCAUUUGUUAGAGUGCAUGGGACUGCUGUCUUAUA